UGGCCGCGAGGUCCCUUGUGGAUGAAGUAUGAAGUGAUACCCAUCACGAUGACUGCACUGGCCCACUGCAUGAACCGAGCGCAAAGAGAAGCUCAGUUCCACUGACAGACUGGUUGGUCCGGCUCUGAUGAAUGGAUACUGAAGAGGGGAGGAGAAUGCCUAGGAGUGGAAGACCAGGACAAGGUUCUUUAUAUGUCGCCUGGCCGGCUUGAAUGGAUAGAACGGAAGGGUGCAUGGUGGACCGGAUCAACGGGGCGUAUCUUUUACGUCAGAGGAUGUUUGUAUUAUUAUUAUUAUUAUUUUUUUUUUUUUUUUUCAGGAGCUUGAGCCGAAAGUUUUCUGGCCCUGUGCAGUGGCCUUUCCAGGGAAAGCUGAGCGACGCCAACGGAAGGAGAGCCAGCUUUGGCGGGUUUUUUUGCGCUUUCCCCCAGAUGCGUCAUAAUUUCCUCUGCAUGAAUUGUGCAGGAAGACCACAUCAACAGAGGCAUGCUAAGGUUGGGGACAGCAUCAUACUGUUCCUAGGACAAGAGGGGUGCCCAACCGAGAUGGAACGCAGUGGCCAUCACAGCAGCAACAACAAGCGCUACAACACAGCUGGGUCUGCAUCACAGCCAGGGCGGGGAUCAGGUCCGGCAUGGCUAGUGUGAGGAUCUGCGUGGACCAUGGACUGAUGGAUGGAGCCAGAUGGACAGAGCCGGAACGGACCAGGCAAGGGAGACGAGAUGUUGUUGGUCAACUC